GGGCGACAGCCUUGACGCGCCAGUGUUUGCCCGGCAGCUGCCCGACGAGGGCCGCGACCAUCAUCUGCUCGUCUUAGUACCGCGCGAACAUGGCGCCGGCGAAGCUCGCCCCGACGGUGACCCUCGCCGACGGGCGGGAGAUGCCCGUCAUCGGACUGGGUACCUACACGCCGGGAGGCCAGUCCGGGGCCAAGGACGAGCACGGCGUCGGGGAGGUCGAGCGGGCCGUGAUGGACGCGCUGGACACCGGCUACCGCCACAUCGACGCGGCCCUGGUGUACGCCAACGAGGACGAGGUGGGGCGCGGGGUGCGCGCCAAGAUAGCGGAGGGCGUGGUCCGCCGGCAGGACUUGUUCAUCUGCACUAAGCUGUGGAACAACGCUCACCGCCCGGACCUGGUGGAGGCGGCGUGCCGACAGUCGCUGGCCAACCUGGGCCUGGACUACGUGGACCUGUACCUCAUGCACUGGCCCACGGCCUUCGCGGAGGGCGGUGAACUGGUGCCCAAGGGCCCCGACGGCAAGGUGCUCUUCAGCGACGUCGACAUCCUGGACACGUACCGUGCCAUGGAAGGCCUCGUCGACAAGGGGCUCGUCCGCUCGCUCGGCGUGUCCAACUUCAACUCCGCGCAGCUGGAGCGGGUGCUGGGCGCGUGCUCAGUGCGGCCGGUGGUUAACCAGGUCGAGUGCCACCCGCUCUUCAGCCAGCGCAAGAUGCUGGCGUUGUGCGCCCGGCACGGGGUCCGCGUCGUCGCCUACCGGCCGUUCGGCGGCAAGGCAGACGCACUGCUGGAGGACAAGACCAUCGCAGCUGUAGGUGUCAGGCACGGCAAGGCGCCCGGCCAGGUCAUCCUGCGCUACUUGAUCCAGAUUGGCGCAAAUCCGAUACCAAAGUCCGUGACGAAGUCGAGGAUACAACAAAAUUUCGACAUUUUCGACUUUGAACUGACGGAGAAGGAUAUGGCCAUCAUGGACGGACUCAACCAAAACCGUCGAGCCUGCCUCCUCCUCGACGCUGCCGCCCAUCCCGAAUACCCGUUCGCUAUCGACUUCUAGUAGAGCUCCGUAAUUUGAUCACUCGAGCUCUAUUUUGUCCUUUGAGUAUCUACAUGUCGCAGUUGUUUCAUAAACGGCAGAGUGUCGAG